AUCGGAGCAAGUGGUUCUUCGCUUUCACUCAGCUUUCACCCGUGAAAUAAAUAAAGUAAAGUUUCGACAAAGUUUGGAAGUUUGCUGGUUGUACAGUGUCAGCACUAAAUAAACGAAUCCGUUGCAGGGGUGACGAAGAAAACGACGAUUUUACCAAAGAGAAAGCAACGCAGACCAUAAAAAACAGUUCAUUUUGAGACGAGACAGAGUUUGGUUUGGUUUAGACUUGUUCCUGAAUUGUUCUCGGACUUGUUCUUAUUUUCGUGAACGUGGUAUUUUGCUCUCUGGGGGAAAUACUUGUUGACUGGUGGAGUAAUUUGUGGCGUGAAUAGAUCUACGUACGAGUGUAGUUUGAGACUUUCUCUGACUGACUUUAUCGAGGAGCGUCUCGGCGGGAUCGCAACCUUUGGACUUUCCUCUUUUCCACACGGACGACCCGGCUGCCGAUAUUUUUCUGCCCGACAACAAACUGGGUUUGACACGGUGACACGAUGGGGGUUAAUCAAUCCGCCAAGAGGAAACAUCACGUCAAGGAGGGCGAGGAAGUGAACUUUGACCACUUCCAAAUCCUCCGAGCCAUUGGGAAAGGCAGCUUUGGAAAGGUGUGCAUCGUGCAGAAGCGGGACACGGGGACCAUGUACGCCAUGAAGUACAUGAGCAAGGCUGUCUGCUUCGAGCGAGACGCCCUCAGAAAUGUGCUACGCGAGAUUGAAAUUCUGACAGAACUGGAUCAUCCCGGCCUGGUUAACCUCUGGUUCUCAUUUCACGACGAGGAGGACAUGUUUCUGGUGCAGGAUUUACUCCUCGGAGGAGAUCUGCGCUACCACCUCAUGCAAAAUGGAACUUUCCCCUUGGCCGCAGUGAAAUUAUACGUCGCAGAAUUGGGCUCCGCGUUGGAUUACCUUCAGCAGAAACGAAUUAUUCACCGGGACAUCAAGCCGGAUAAUAUCCUCCUCGAUGAGCAAGGCCACUCGCACAUUGCCGACUUUAACGUCGCCACGAAGCUCGAGGAAGGCAAGAAGUUCGCCACGGCACAAAGUGGGACGAAACCGUACAUGGCUCCCGAGAUCUUUGCAUGUUCCGUGGACGAAACGCCGGGAUACGACUUUGCAGUGGACUGGUGGUCAUUGGGGAUUGUGGCGUACGAGUUGGCAGCAGGGCGCCGACCGUACGAGAUCCAUUCGCACUACUCGAACAAAGAUAUUCGUCUCGUGCACCUCACAGCCACGCCCAAAUGGCCUUCCGCAUGGCCCCCAGAGUUUACCCAGUUGGUCAAAGAGCUGCUGGAGGUUGAUGCCUUAGAAAGAGUGCGCUGUUUACAAAGUCUUCAAAAUCAACCCAUCAUGCGAGACGUUUGCUUUGAUGCUGUCCUGGAAAUGAAAACCAAUCCGGUCUUCGUACCACCGAAGGGGCACUUAAACUGUGAUCCAACGUUCGAAUUGGAAGAAAUGAUCGUGGAAAGUCGACCAUUGCACAAGAAGAAGAAACGUCUGGCUAAACAGCGCUCGUUGCGAGAAAUUCAGAGCUCCCCGUCUUGUGAGCAAGAAUUCACACUUGACCCUCUCGCCGAAGAGUUUACCACGUUCAACCGCCAACGUCAACUGGACCGGAUGGAGCGCGAGAGGAAAGAGCAGGAAUGGGAGAGCGAGCUCUUGACCGCGAUGGAGGCGUCGGGUUCCGCCUCGCUCGCCGCCUCCACGUCCACGUCCACCUCAACCCCCAAGCUUUCCGAGGAUCCUGCUGACCACGGAGAUGACGAUGCCGAUGGUCCCGGUCCUGGCCCCUCCUCCUCCAUGGCGAACCACCCCCGCAGCAGCGCCGACUCGAAGAAGUCCGCCUGGGCGAAGAGGCGCUCCAUCACGAUGCCCGAAGGCGACAAAGUUUGGCGCGUGUCGAAACAGAAUAAACAAUAAAUUCGUGACCGGAAAUCGUCACACUUCGACCAACAAUCACCUCGUUACAGAAGGGUGCAUGCAUGCAUAUUGUUAAACUAAGGGUAAAAAGUUAGGGUGAAUAGAGAUCCGGUUGAAUUUUUUGUAUUGCUUAUUAUAACAUGGAUCCGAUCCGAUCCGUAAAUAGGAUCGGAUAGAAUCCUUGUUAUAGUAAACGAACGGAUAACUCGGUCGAAUCGAAUCUUUGUUAUAGCAAACGAUCGGGUAAUCCGAUCGGAUCGGAUCCUUGUUACAGUAUCCGGCCGGAUAAUCCGGUCGGAUCGGAUCCAUGUUAUAGCAAACAGCCGGAUAAUCCGGUCGGAUCGGAUCCAUGUUAUAGCAAACGGCCGGAUAAUCCGGUCGGAUCGGAUUAUACCGGAUUACCAUAUUUGUAAAAACGAGUACCCUAAUUCCACCCACAUCACAAAACACCCCUUUAAUGAUUUGGAAUACUUUAGUGUUUACAAAAAUGUUGUGGAAAAAAUUGAAAUUUUUGAAAAA